GAUCAUAAUCUCGGGUAACAAGGUCGGAGCAGGACGUACACAAUUCGGCUCUCAGGCUCAGAAGUUGCACCUGUGUGUUUUUGCAUGUGAGCUGCACGUGAACGAUAAACCGUUGUCUCUUUUUUUCUAUGGAUAGUACCCGCGUAAUGUGUAGCAGUGACUUCAAGUUCGUCCCGUCAACAUAGAUCCUGUUUAUCGCCUUUUUUUCCUCCUGAGAGAGUUCUCAGCGGGAAAUACCUGUGGAUACCGAAGAGAGAUUGGUACUUUUUGACAACAGAGCUUAAGCAGAAGAACAUCAAGGUUACCUGCAAUACACACACACAGCGCGUGGUGUUUACCACCAUCAUCACUUCAGCAACGCCAUGUUGAAGUCAGUGUACCAGGGUUUAGCCAACGCCUGCAGCAUGGUUGACUGCUGCUUCGGCCUCAGGCCCUGCCACCAGGCCGUCUUCCCCUGUAUUCGGAGCUGCUCCUACGGGGACCGUAAAGUCUUCUACAACUACGACGGCACGGAGACCGUGGAGCCCCUGGUGGACUAUUUCAAGCCCACCAACACGCCGGUCAAAAGGAACAUGAUCAGGGGAAUGAAGUUGGACAAAGCUGAACUGAAACAGGGUCUUAACCCUGUCCAACAAAUAGCUGCUGUCGUCCGCUUUGCUCAGCAGAAUGAUCUGAAGGUACGCGCCGUUGGCACGGGCUCGUCCUGGUCCAAGCUGACCAACGUCAGGGACGUACUCAUUGACAUGACGGACCUGAACAAGAUUCUCCGGGUAGAGAAGCAGACAGAGGACGGCUCGCUCUACCACAUCGAGGUCCAGGGCGGGAUGAAGCUGCACGACUUCGUCCGUGUCAUCGACGAGGAUUACGGCAUGAGUCUACCGUGUAUGGGCAACUACGCCGGUCAGACCAUAGCCGGCAUCAUCAGCACGUCCACGCACGGCACGGGCCAAGACUAUCCCACUAUGUCCAACUUUGUAGCUGAGCUUCACAUGAUAAUUUGUGGGGGUAUCGAGGUGCGAAUCAGGAUACCGAGAGAAGGGGAAACAGACGAAGAUUUCGAGACGGUACGACAGCGGGUGGAAGCGGCCAAGUACGGCGACCCUGUGCUGGACAUCCACAGCACCGACGUGUUCCGUGCCGCCGCUGUGGGCUUCGGCUCGCUUGGGGUCAUCUACUCCGUCACUCUGACCUGCGUCCCAGUGUACAACAUCCGCGAGACGAGACACUAUGUCGAGAUGGAGUGGCCGGAGUCGACUGCCGAGUCCAGGCCGGUCACCCAGGCUCCAAGCAGAGCUUGUAGCAGGAGCAGUUUGUCAGCCGAGCUGCCGUCCAGCGACACGGACUCAGCAUCCGGAGAAUCGAUACCGACGACCUCCGGUACCUGUCAAGACCAGAAAUCGGUUUUCAGGAUACCAGAGACGAUGAAGAGCAUGUCCGCCGGCCAGGGGAAGUACUUCUCGUUCUUCGUCAACCCGUUCCCGCGACGGAGUCGCGGGGACCCGCAGAGGACCGUGUUGAAGAGUGUCUACUUGUCGGGAGAGAGGACGGAUGCGACGGGGAGCUGUCAAUGCGACUGCUGCCUGAACUUUCAAUGCUGCGCCUGCACAGGGUGUAGAGGACAGAGUGCGUGCCAGAUCGUUCAGACAGAUUGUUCAGCCUCGUGCCUGCAGCUUGGAGCGCAUUGUCUGCCGUCUUUCAUCCCGUGGUUCGCCGACUGUGGCCUACACCAGUUCGCUCGAGACGCUCCCUACAUCCAGAAGUGGUACAACGUACUCACCUUCACCAAUGGGAACUUACACAUUAAGACGGCGGAGUAUUGCAUUCCCUUGGAAGACCUGGACGCGGCCCUGGCUGACAUCAUCAAGGUGCUGCAGGACUACGGCAAACUCUACCAGACCUACACGCUGCUGCCCAUCUACGUCCGAAUGGUCAAAGCGGACGACCUGUACAUGAGCCCCGCCAAUCGGCACACUGCGGACGGCGGCCUCUGUGAUAGAUAUUGCUACAUCGAGGUACCGUUCUUGCCGGGCGCCUACGGCAUUGACGAGUUUCACAAGAAACUGGAAGAUUUCUUGUUCACGAAGUAUCGGGCGAGGCCCCACUGGAGUAAGAACAACUUCCUAAGUUACAACCGGGUGGAGAGACUUUACCCCCACCUGGACAGGUGGAGGCGUGUCUAUACGCUCUUCAAUCGCGACGGCACCUUCGACAACGAGUUCACCCGGAAGUGCGGCUUCGACGACUUCCACCUACUCGAGGGGGCGGAGGACAAGUUGAGGGAGAAGGGGGCAGAGUGGAGUCGGAGGUCGGACGGCGAGGAGAGGAGCAGGUCGUUGGAACGCGGCUCGCCGACGCACGAUCGACCAAUCGCGGCACCCGCUCAGAAGGACUCUGGACUAGGCUGCCGUUGCUCUUCUGGAGGGGGUGAGAGCACCCUCGCGCCUGACGUGAUCGUCACGCAGCCGGGGCCGUCGUCUUCGUCAUCAAGCCACAGUCGGCUGCUGGAUGCCAGUGAAUUCACUUUGGAAGGGACAGACGUCGCUCCCAGAUCCCAGCCAUCUGAGGGUGACGUCAGCCGGUAACAAGAGGUGCGUUGUUGCCGACGGUACGGGCCCGCAGGAGGCCGGGAUGGCCGGCUGGGCCACAACGUUUCAAAAGUAUGUCAUGAUCUGAUUAAGCCGCGGGGAACACUGGGUGACUUUUAUGUUUCUGUCGGGACGAUAGAAGUGCAUUUCAGUCAGAAACUGAAGGUCAUUGGUGAGAUAAUUGAACAAAACCAUGCAAGAGAGCUGUCUGUGUAGCGCCUGGCCCUCAGUGGGACCUUCUGAACAUUCUGCACAAGAGUGUAUCGCUCUCUAAGUGCCGAUGACUUGAUUGUACCUGAGGGAAAGUUCAGAAAGCGCAUUUUUACACAACAAAUCAUUCGUACCCGACCACUCUGAUUCGUUUCUGAUCACUUCACCAUUUUUUUCUUCACCCGGCUGUCAAGAGCAUACUUCCGAAAGUUGUACGAAGUGAACCGUUCUUUCACGCUGUGUAAAGUAUUUGUGCGGCUAAUCAUUACCUCCGUUCCGAUGCUUGGGCACACAUGUUAGCAAUCCGGCUCGGCCCAGAUCACACUUUGGUCUCAUUAAUCAUUCCGAAAACUGGGUGAAUGUUACCCGUCAUGAGAUGAUGGUUUUUACUGAGCCAUUAGGCGCGUUUCCCCGCAUAUUAAUUGGCAUAUUAAUCACCACAGGUGCAGAAAGUUAAACUUAUUUCUUAUCCACCCACACUGUCUGGGCGCACCGCCAACCUCGCACGAGUGAUCGUAGGCUAACACCGUCCAGAACAGAGAUCCAAAUUGUUUGUUGUGUGUUCAAGUCAACCGCUAUUGGUAAUUAACAUCAUUUUUUGUGGCGAUACGUCUGCAGCCGGUCCGGGUUACCCAAACAAUUCCUCUGUGUCCCACCUGACCCUCCCCGUAAUCGUGAUACGGGUCUUGAAGGAGCGGCCCGAGGUGGCAAUAUUGGGUCUCGUCAGACCGCCGCUCCUGACCUUAAACCGACGGGGAGCGGGCCGGCUUCGCACCGCUUCUUCGAGGAGUCUCCUCUGACAGACCCGCAGUGGAUUCCCUGGUCCUGUUAGUUUUGCUCAAUACGAGGUGCAGUCUGUCAUCGCUUGAUGCAAAUGCAUGUACAUCUACGUGGCAGUCUAGUUGGGACGCUGUCUCGCCCCGGUGUUUUCUCCCCCGUCGUGAUUUCAGUUUUGUGGUUGGGCUAGCCCGUUGAAAGAUUUUGCCGCCUUUAACCAUCGGCGUUUUUGCAUGUCUGCAGUCGUGACUUCGUUUCGUUUUUGCUCUUAAGGCCGCAUCCGAAUCUCUUGUCUAGAGCUGGGUCUAGGUCUUCGCUCCAUUGGAAAUGCGUGGAGACGCGUAGACGAUAGACCUAGCCGUAGCUCUGGAAGCCGGUUUCUGACACGGCCUCAGUUAUCUUGGGAUGACAGAGAAAGGACACAAACCAAAAGUUUGUUCAAUGGAGAAAUUUAUAGAAUUGAAAAAAAUUGUAUUAGACAUCUGAAGUUUAUCGAUAAGUGCAAAUUGAAUUAGAAUUUACUCAAUAUUACGUCAUCCUAAACUGAUCCACACCCACCGCCCACAAAUCGAUCUUUGUUUUGUCAAUAAAUCGAUCACCAUUUUGUGUUUCCAAAAAGUAAUCACUCUCAAGCUGUACUCAGUUAAUUGAACACAAUUUGCUACCAGUUUAGAAAGUAAACAUCACAUGUCCAGUUUUCCUAAACGCCGAUGUACAAUAGCAUCCAUCGAUGUUUUAAACAAGUUCAAUGUUUAAACAUGUUUAACAAGCUGAUAUCAAGAAAACGUGGUUUCAUUGUUGUAACUUUGACAGCAUUUUGUACCGCGAGUCUGCGUUCAUUUCCAGUGCACUCGUUCAACAGAGUUCAUUACCUAAUGUGCUAGUACUGUAACGCUCUAUCGUAAGAAAACUGAAAUCGCCCCAAGGAUGUUGUGGAAAGUUUUUAGCUAUGAUUUUAUUGCAAUAUAUUUAUAUUUUAUGUACACUAAGAUUUUUCUAAUGAAAAGCACGUACGCAGUAGUAUUCGUUCUGCUUCGUAGUAUGAAAGAACGCCUCGAAGGCGAGACUAUUUAAAACUCGAUGUCUGUCGUUUCAAGUCCCUUUUUGUCAUUUUAUAUAUCAUAUUAUCUUUCAGUACAUGUAUUUAUAGCAAUUUAAGUCAUGAAUGUCAUUAUCAUCUUCGUAAUUAUGUAACUUUGUAAUUUAUUUUGAAUUCAAGGCUUGUAUAUUAUAUCUCAUUUUUUCAGUAAAUGGUAAGGAGGCCACGAAACUUGAAAAAAAAAACCUUUUGUGAUUUCCUGUCGGUCUGUCAGUUGGUGUGACUAUUGUCUACCUGUAAGUGAUGCUUGAGCCAUUGAUUAAUUCGAAAGGGCCUGGGCCAACGGCCCUGUUAGUUCUCCUCGUCCUUUUUUCGGUCAAGCUUGUUUGUUUAAGGGCAUGGUCACUGUUUUGGAAUACCGAGGCCAAACAGAACUUAUUGGGUUUAUUUUCAGCGACGUAAUGACUGGUUUGGGAAAUGCCUGUCGCCAACGUGAUCAAUCAUGACCGCAUAAUUUGGGCAUCACACACUGGUGAGUAUUGUUUCUGGGCAUGUUCUGAUUUCCUUCCUGCGGAGUGAAGCAAAGUGAGAAAUUUACGAUGUUGGGGAGCCUCGUAAAGGUGUCGUUUUGACCCAAAUUCGUGCUCUAUAAUAACAAGCAGCUUGAAGCCGUUUGAUUGUCGUGACUCGUGACAAAUCAAGGUUGGCUCAAUUUUUGUAUUAAAUUUUUAUUAAACCUUCGAAAGGAUUCAAGGUUCCCAUUAAAAACAUUCCUCAGCCUCUCACAGUACUGCUGUUCGAAAUUUUCUGUGCAUGUAGAUAGACACGUGUUUCGUUGUUUUCCGGCAAUUGGCAGCAACAGAAUUGCUCAGAGUUAGGACAAAUUAUAUAGAGAGAAACAGAGACACAAAAGUCCAGGAAUCUCCCAGCAAGAUCACUGCAAGGACCUAUCACUGUAAUGCAAAGAGGUUAAAUUAACAAAUACAUAAUGUCGCUGUGUGAAUUUAGCUGUAAUUACUAGUACAAACCCCAGCCCCACAGAAUGUGUUAACAGUUUCAAUAUUCUUCUUCUUGAGUGACUACAACAAAGAAAGCGCUUCCUGUUUGCCUUUUGCGUUGGGGAAACUCAUACAUGCAGUUCCGGUUGGACCGUUUCGAUUGCGGAUGAUGAAAGUUUGCCUGCGGUUUCUCCAUCACCGCUGACUAUUUUUAAUCGCAUAAACAUUAUGCUAUCGUCGAAAUCCCUUGUGUAAUUUAUUUGCUCUGAGAAUGCUUGCGGUUUCGGGUCUGAACAUGUCGCUUUAUUGGGGUGUUGGGGCUCACCUUUUGCUUUAAAAUGGAUAAAUAGUUGUCGAUGAUGUGAUGACAAGGUGGCGGCAGGGUCUGCGGCUCGCCCGCUCGGCAAGGCCGGAGGGACUAUUCCUCCAACUUCCGACCAACAGCGACCUAGAAAAAAAGAUCCGGCGAUGUCAGGGUGACAAUUAACUCGACUUCUCAACCACAAUUAUGCCUGCAAUUACAAGGUGGCGGGAUUUGGCACAAUGGUGUUGAAGAAUUUACGAGUUGAUUUAAACUUUAGCACUCAUUAGAGGGAACUAGUUUAAUUGAGCAAGAAUUAUAGGUUUGGUUCAAUCUCUAAUAUCGUGUGGGGGGGCCUUCUGGCUGACUGUUAUGUUCUGUAGAUUGCACCUUCCCUUAUAAUUGAUAAUGGAAUGAAGGAAAAGCCCUACGAUUAAUUUCAUAAA